AUCAACAUGAGUGGACUAGUAAGAAAUUCAUUGUGUGCAUUUGGAUUAAAAAAUUUGUUAAAAUCAACUUCGGCAAAUAGAAUAACCUCACAAAUUUCCCGCUCGCUUUGGCACAUGUCCAACACAUUAAAUAAUAAUUUAAAUAAUUUAACAAACGCGCCAAUUGUUAAACAACAUCAGUACAAACAAUUUCAAUGUGUAAAUGGCCACAAUUACCAGUGUCGUUGUUCCCAGCACACAAAAGCUGAGAAAGAAUUGAUCGAGUUCCUCGCUGAGGAGAUUGUUGCUGAAAAAAAAGCACAAAAGUCGAAAACUAUUCCAACAGAAGUCGACGGGUUCGCAGUAUCAUUGGACGGAUCAAAUGUCACGCUGGUUAAAAACAUACAGGAUGAAAAAAUAACAAUUGCAUUCAAUGUUAAUCACACUGUCGACGCUGAGGGUGACGGUGAAAUCGACCCGAAUGACGACAAACCAGAGUUCGGAGAAAUGAAGAGCAAGCCCAACUUCACGAUUGACAUCACUCGGGGCAAGCAGACUUUGGGACUGACAUGUUCAUUCAACAACGAGCAUGGCGCAUCUGGAGCUGAUGACAGCUACAAUGACUGCUUUGGAAUCGAUGAAAUUUCUCUGUACGAAGGCGAGCACACUGACAAAAUCUACGCUGUCGCUGGAGAAGUUAUUGAUGGAUAUCUCUAUGAUUUGUUGAUGAACUACUUGGAGGAGAAGGGAAUUUCCAAUGAGUUUGCUGAAAAACUCAUUGAACUGAGCACCAACUACGAGCACAGCGCUUACAUUAGUUUAUUAGAAGGUCUUUCUAAGUUUACCACUGGAAAAUAAUUUUAUACUGUAACCAAAAGUUUGACUACAAUUCCGGCUGAUAAAUUCCAAAAGUACUGUACGUUUACGAUAAGUUUUUACUUUUAGUUCAUUUUAAAGGAACAAAAAAAAUUUAGAUAUAAAUAAUCAAAAUAUAUAGUAUUGUUAAUUGAAAAAAAAAAAAAAAAACAUUUAAAAUGUAUUAUCAGUAGAAUUAAUUAUUAAUAUGUAUAAUUUGACAGCUUAUUGAUGAAUGUAAUAAAUAAAUCAGCCAAAGUCAAAUAA